AUGAUCGCCUCCAGAGCAUUCGCUGCUCCGGCACGCCAAUGCUUGCGAAAAGCCUAUCAGCAGCCAAAAUGGGCCGCGGCGUCUUUCCAGGCACAGCCUAAACGCUUCAUCGCCACGAAGGAGGCGGACAAGGUCGCCAAGUUCAAGGGUACCAAGGGACCAGAUGGCAACUACACGGUUACGUUAAUAGAAGGAGACGGUAUCGGUCCUGAGAUUUCGCAAUCUGUCAAGGACAUCUACAAGGCUGCAAAGGUGCCGAUUGUGUGGGAGUCGGUGGACGUCACCCCUCGCCUCGUGGAUGGCAGAACAACCAUCCCCGAGGAGUCGAUCAAGUCAGUGGAGAAGAACUAUGUGGCGUUGAAAGGACCUCUGGCGACGCCCGUUGGAAAGGGCCAUGUCUCUCUUAACCUCACCCUCCGAAGAACCUUUAACCUCUUUGCAAAUGUCCGUCCAUGCCGAAGCAUCCAGGGCUACAAGACGGCCUACGACAACGUGGACACAGUGUUGAUUCGAGAAAACACCGAAGGAGAAUACUCUGGCAUCGAGCACGUCGUUGUGGACGGCGUCGUGCAGUCCAUCAAGCUCAUCACCCGCCAGGCUUCGGAAAGAGUGCUGAGAUACGCGUUCCAGUAUGCCCGGGACGUCAACAAGAAGAAGGUCCGCGUGGUCCACAAGGCCACCAUCAUGAAGAUGUCCGACGGUCUCUUCCUCAGCACCGCUAGAGACGUUGCCAAGGACUUCCCCGAUAUCGAAUUCGACGCCGAGCUCCUCGACAACGCCUGCCUGAAGAUCACCACCGACCCUGGCCCGUAUUCUGACAAGGUCCUCGUCAUGCCCAACUUGUACGGUGACAUCCUGUCCGACAUGUGCGCCGGUUUGAUUGGUGGUCUCGGCCUCACUCCCUCCGGAAACAUCGGCGACGAGUGCUCCAUCUUCGAAGCCGUCCACGGUUCGGCUCCUGAUAUCGCAGGAAAGGCUCUCGCCAACCCGACUGCCCUGCUUCUCAGCAGUAUCAUGAUGUUACGGCACAUGGGCUUGAACGAACACGCCACCAAGAUCGAGACCGCCAUCUUCGACACGCUCGCCGAGGGCAAGACCUUGACUGGCGAUUUGGGCGGCAAGGCGAAGACGCACGAAUAUGCACAGGCCAUCAUCGACCACCUCAAGUAA